AUGAAUGCAAAAACUGAGCUAAAAUAUGUUAAUGAAGAAAUAACUACCGAAGAACUUGAUGAAACUUUUAAUCAAAUUAUUUCAUCAAUGAUAAAUGAUAAUGAUUUUUUUGACCAAGAAAGUAGAUCAGAAGAAAUCGCUGAUAUUAAUAAUGACCAUAACUUUAAUGAAAUAGUUGAUUUAGCAGAAGAAAACAACAGUCAAUUAGAUAUAGCUGAGAGUAUUGAUUUGCGAUCUACAAUAUUAUCGGAUAAUAUUAUGUCUGAAUGCGAUGAUGAAGAUUAUGGAAUUAAUCAUGGCGAUCCAAAUUUUGACAUCGAUGAAAUGAUUGAAAAUAUUGAAUAA